AAGAAAUAAAAUUACUCAAAUGUUUGCGUUAUUUCCAAAAGGUUCACGUUAUAACGCUAACAUAGGAAGAAACAUAAAAAAAGUUUGCAUGGCGCGAAUACGUUUCUGUACUAAACUCUAUUAAAUUUGAUCAUUUUUUCAUUGAAGGGUAUUGUAUUACAUACUAGAUACCCGUAUGUAGGAAUGACUUGUCAACAAUCGGUAAUUAGAUAUAAGAAGAUGUGGUAUGAGUGCCAAUGAGACAACUCUCCAUCCAAGUCAAAACUUAUAAAAGUAAACCAUUAUAGGUCAAAGUACGGUCUUCAACACGGAGCCUUGGCUCACACCGAACAGCAAGCUAUAAAGGGCCCCAAAAAUUACUAGUGUAAAACCAUUCAAACGGGAGAACCAACGGUCUAAUAUUUAUAUAUGAAACGAAAAUGGAAAUUCUUUUUAACCAAGAGGACUAUUUUUAAAGUUUGAAGAUCUAUUUGUAUUCAUCUAUUCAAGUCCAGUCAAUUUAUUACUAUAGACCCUUGUCCAGUCAAUGUGAUCCUCGUCCAGUCAAUGUGACCCUCGUCCAGUCAUUAUCCUUGUCCAGUCAAGUUGUUAUUAUAGGAUAUAAUGGAAUAUUGGAAUAAGAAACUUCUUGCAGAUGCUCAGACUGGAAAUGUAAACGAUGUGAAAAUAUGCCUAGAGAAUAAAGCAGACAUUGAAUAUCAAUCGGUUAGUGGAUGGACAGCAUUAAUGAGGGCUGCCAUGGGAGGAUACCUGGAGGUCUGUAGACUUCUCAUUGAUACAGGAUGUAAGAUCGACACCACAGAAGAGGAUGGAGAGACAGCAUUAAUGAGGGCUGCCAUGGGAGGAUACCUGGAGGUCUGUAGACUUCUCAUUGAUACAGGAUGUAAGAUCGACACCACAGAAAUGAGUGGAUACACAGCUUUACAUUGGGCUGCUGAGCGGGGACGUCUACAGAUCACAAGAUGUCUGGUAGAACAAGGAGGUGCCAAUCCCAUGGUUACAACACAUAAGGGUCAGACGCCAUACGAUCUAGCAGCAGAAUAUAAAUCUCUCCAGUAUAAAGAAGUGAUGGAAUACUUACAGUCUGUCAUGUCAGAGGAAUCUUCAGGUGUGACUGCUGGUCAAGGGAUGGAAGUUGCAGGUGAUAUGGUUCCAACUGAAAUAAAAUUAAUGGCUGACAAAAGAUCUAUUGAUUUGUACCUCAAAUUACUUGAGUCAGGAUCUGAGAAAAAGAGAGACAUACGUUUAGUAAUAGUUGGGAAGAAAGGUGCAGGAAAAACCUCAUUGAUUAAAAGAUUGUUCUCUGAAGAGAAUACAGAUGUAACUAGUACAAAUGGAAUAGAAAUCCACACAAUAAAAUGCAAAGCAAUGUCUGAUGAUGGCAUAUGGAAUAAAUUAGAUGGAACCAAUAAAGAAACUGAAAUUCAUGCAAGACUCUUGAAACAAUACAAAGGAAAAAUUGAAGCAUCAGUACAAGAAGUAACACAUGAAGUUGUUAGGGAAAACACCCUCAUAACCAUUCUGUACAAGCGUAUUGAGGAAUCAAAAGAAUCAGAGACAGUAAGCCAGCAGCCUAAAAAAAGAAUACUUCAAGUAACCACUGAAUCUCAAGUUGAACCUCCAGUAACCUCGCAGCAACGAAACCAAUCAUUAAAACAGGCAAAAUUGGAUAUUGAAACCAUGCUUAAAUCUAAUGUUGAUUUACAUGACAAAGAGGAGUAUGCCACAUUAUUGCUAUGGGAUUUUGCAGGAGAUGAAGAAUUUUACCACACACAUCAAACCUUUUUGUCCUCAGGUGCAAUUUAUCUUGUUGUAACAAAACUCAAUGAAGCUGACGACAAAAAUGCACAAGAUUUAUUCCAGUUAUGGAUGGACUCAAUCCAUUGCUACAGUAGACUGGAAGAGGACAAAAGUAAUUCUGCUGACAGCAAGACAUCAGAUGAUCUUGAUCCACCAGUAGUUAUUGUUGGUACUUGGAAAGAUGCUGUGACCUCUGAUGUAGAAGAGAUUGACGAUGCAUGCCGAGAAAACAUUUUUAAGUUUACGAAGAAUAUGUCAGAAGAUGAACUAAAACAUAUAAGGCAAGAAUACUUCAUUUCCAAUACAGAAGAUGACCCCAGUGUAUUCCAGCAAAUCCGAGAAGACAUCCUCAACUUAGCCAGAAAAAUAAAAACGUGGAACAAAGUUUACCCCUUAAAAUUUAUUCAGCUGGAAAAACGACUUCAAGAGAAAAAGAAGGAGUUACCAAUUAUUUCCUUUCAGGAAAUGCAGCACAUCUCUACUAAUACACCUAAUCCACUAAAUGAUGAGGAACUCAGAUUGUUCCUGGAAUUUCACCAUGAGAUCAGAGCUUUAGUUUAUUUCAAAGAUCUGUCUUCUUAUAUUAUUUUAGACACACAGUGGUUGUCUGAUGCUUUUAAAUGUAUAGUCACAGCUAAGAAAUUUAGAGCUUUUAGUACUAGAAAUAGAACAAAAUGGGAUGAAUUGUAUAGCAGAGGCAAAUUACAUAGUGAAGUUUUAGACGACAUAUUUAGAAAAAGUGAAAACAUUUUUGCCAAACACAAGGAUCACAUCCUGAACGUAAUGGAGAAAUUUGAUAUCAUUAUACGUCCUAACAUAUCAGAAACUCAAAGAGACGCUGGUGAUGACAAACCUCUCUAUUAUGUACCUUGUAUGAUUAAAUCAGAACCCGAGUGUGAUGUAUACGAAAUGUUUAAUGUUACAGAAAACACAUGUAAUAAGUCAACCUGGUUAUGUUAUAAGUUUAGGUUUCUUCCACCUCAUUUAAUGAAUCAUUUAAUUGCGUCACUGUGCAGGAAAUAUAAAGUUGCAGAAGUUGUCACGAAGGAACAAAAAAGACAAAUUGCUCUCUUCAGAGGUUCAGCUGUCUUUGAGUUACAGAAAACGACAAAAUUAGCAAAAUUGCAUAUAAUGAAAUGUCCGAAUUGGAUUCAAAUUCAGGUUUGGCAAUUUGAGAAAGGACGUCAAGGAGGUAUGUACAAAUACAUUGACGACUUUGUGACAGAGGAAAUUGUCAAGAUAAUAAGCACAAGAUUUAAGAUGUCUAAUGUGAAAUUUGAGAAAAAGUGGGAAUGUGGCCAAACAAGACCAGAGUCUGUAACAGGAUCGUUUGACUGUCGUGAAGAUCAGGAUACAAAAUAUUAUUGUGAGACAUGUAAAAUUGCACAUGAGUUCACAGGUGAAUGGUCAGAUCUACAAUGUAGAACAGUUGAUUUGUUACAGAGUUCUGCAAACGUUCCAAUAUCUAAUCCUUACACAGAAAGCUCAAGUCAAAUCCAAACUACGGUUCAAUCCACCAAGGUACGUGUCCGGGUCCAAGCUGGUGAGAGAGUAUUUUCAAAUGCCAAUGAAGGGGCAACAGGAACAGCCAGUUCGGCAGGGUUUACAAAUGAGGAAAUUAAUUUUGCAAAAAUGGGGAUGAUUGCUUUGAAUAUUCUUGCUGAUGUUUUAUAUGACCUUUUAAAACCAGAUAAACCAAAUCUACGUCCAAGGAGCGAUUCUGAUAUAACAUACUUAUACAGUGAGCACAGGAAACUUAAUAAACAUAUCCCAACUAAUGGAUGGGGAGGGAAAUGGCAAGUUGAUCAAAUUACAGGCAUAGUUACUGGAGAUGAUAUUGAGCGCAUAAGACUUACAAGGAAUGAACUACAACACUCUAAGACAUUUAAACUUGAAGAAACACGUUUUAAUGAGUUGCGUAUUAUAAUAUGUGACCUUUUAAAACGGUUAGACCACUAUAACAAACCACAAAAGCUGUAUACACAUGAGCUUAAGGAUAUUUUGGCUAAAACUUUUUCAGAUGAGGAUGUGAACUCAGUUAAAAAUGAAAUAUUGGAAAUGACUGUUGAGGUAGAAAUUGAACAACAAAUCAAUGUUCUAACGCAAUAGAGAAAUAAAGUUGUUCUCAUCAUUUGUAUGGCAAACAGUUAUUUUUGUAGUUGAUGAGAAAUACACAUAUAACCAUAGAAACAGAUUUGUAGAAGACCUUGUGCAUAGAAAGCGACCAUCUUUAUAUUUGAUAGCAAUGUAAUGCAAACGAUAAAAGUCAGACUACAUUUUUCUAUUCAUACAAUCAUGUAGAGUAAUUCUUCUGAAUUAUACUUGUCACUGUUGGAGCAUGAUCUGCAUACCUUUUCGGAGCACCUGCGAUUCCCUCCAAGUUUAAGUGGGGUUUUUGGUGCUCAAUCUUUAGUUUUCAAUAUUGUGUUUUGUAUACAGUCCUUGGAUGGUGUAAACUUCCCACUGACACCAUACACCAUUACACCAUUCACCAUACACCAUUACACCCUGUGCCAUUACACCAUACACGUUACUACUUUGCACCAUACACCUUACACAUUACACCAUAAUGCAAUUUAAUUUCAAAGAAAGCGUGCGACUACAAAAUUAUUUAUUUAUUUUAAAAAACGAAUUUUGAUCACAAUAUUGUAAAUUAAAGUAUAAAAUUAAAAACCAGUUCUUUAUGUCAGUUUAUGUCAUUUUGUAAAUUCAUUUUAUUUUUAACCAAAACAUACAUCAAUUUUUGCAUAGUUUUAAAUGUCGUACACCAUUCAUUCACACCAUUCCCGAUCGCACGUUACACCAUUACAUCAUUCCCCUUACACCAUACACCAUAGCACCAUACACCUUCUACCAUUGCACCAUAUGCCAUACACCAUUACACCAUACACGUUUUUUUUGGGAAGUUUACACCAUCCAAGGGCUGUACUGUUGUUUAAUUUUUUGUCUUUUUUAUUUUUUGCAAUGGCGUUGGCAGUCUAUUUUUACUCAUGAAUUUGAAUCUCCAUUUUGGUAUCUUUCGCCUCUCUUUUAUAAAAAAAAAUUGUGAAGAUGAAAAAGUGGACUAGAGAGGAAAUAUUGGAAUAAAAUUGACAACUAGAUCAAUUUUGGUCUGUUAUAGUAAUUUUUUUUAAAUUUAAUCACAUGCAGUAAAAACUGUUGUGUAAAUAUUGCCAAAACUAUAAACAUUGUGCACAUAAAUGAAUAUUUAUUUAUACAUAUGUAUAUAGGAGUAUGAGAAACAUGAAACAUAGAAAAAAAAAUUUAGGAAAUUUUGUGGUAUGUUUUUCUGUUGAUAUAUGAAUUAUUUUUAUGAUUUUGUCCUUCAGGGAAUUAAGUAUAGAUGGUGGUUAGUUUUCGUCAAAUAAAUUCCCAGCUUUUGUAUCUAGCAAUUAACCAUGAAGGAACAAACAUGUGACAAUGUGUGUUUUCUAACCUUUUGAACUUUUUGUCGUUAAGAUAGACUGAUAACCAAUUUAACUCUUAAAAAGGUUGAAUUGUGUACAUUUCUUAUGCCAAAGAUUGUGCCCUGUUUUUGCAGAAUAAAAAUCAAUCAACAUUUUCAGGCUUUUUCUGAUUUUUAUAUGCAAGGGACCAAUCAGAAAUCCCCAUUAUCAGUAAUAUCCGGUUAUCAUAUUCAGAGGACCAAUCAUAAUCACCAUUAUUAGACACUGUAUAGUUAUCGUGUUCUAUAGGAACCAACCCGAAAUCACCAAUAUUUGAAAAAGUCUGGUUAUAAGUUCUAAGGAUCAAUCAGAAAUCUCAUUUAUGAGACAAUGUUUUGGUAUUGUUCAAUUGACCAAUUAUAAAUCAUUUAAAAAUAUCCAAAUGUCUAUGUUUUGUUUUGUACGUGAAAAGAAAUAACCUGCUUGUUAGAUUUAAGAUAAGUUGGAAUAUUUAAUAUGUAGUUUAAGUUAUCACGUUCUUUCAGAGCUGAUCACCCUAAUACCUUUUUAACCUGAUUCAGGCUGUGGUAGCAAAAAAUAUUGUAAAAAACGGAAACGUGAUGAUAACGACUGGACUACAGAUAUGAAUAAGAAGAUAUGGUAUGAGUGUCAAUGAGACAACUAUCCAUCCAAGUCAACAAUUCAAACAGGAAAACCAACGGUCCAAUCUAUAUAAAAAACGAGAAACAAGAGAAACACUUAUGAACCACACCAACAAACGACAACCACUGAACAACAGGCGCCUGACUUAGUACAGGUGCAUAAAAAUGCAGCGGGUUUAAAUAUUUUAACAAGCGCCAACCUUUAUCCUAACCUGAAACAGUGGUGUAACAUUACAACAUAAAACAAGCACAAUACAAUAUCUAUAGGUCAAAGUACGGACUUUGGAUAGGUACAUAAUGUGGCGGGUUAGAUAUGUUUGUUAGCGCUCAACCUUCCUUCCCCAUCCCCAAUCUGGGACUGUCACAUUUGUGUGAAAGGACGAUAUAAAAACGAACUGUCUAGAUUAGUUCGAACAGGAUUGAUGCAUAGAUCAGUUCCAAGUACAAAUUAAUACAAAACAAAUAAGUCAAUAGGCAUGAAUACCAUUAUAAAGUGUACUCACAUUGUGACUGAAAUCUCGUUCAACGUCAAAUUUCAACUAAGACCAUAGUCUCUUUAACUAGACUACUUUUUACAAAUAUGUUCAACAUUAACAUUUGUGUGGGGUUAGAUAAUUUACUUUUCCUUGAAUAGAUAGCUAUUUGAAUCAACCAUUGGGCAUAAAGCAAACACUCAAUCAAUCAAUGUUUAGGUCAGUUCCCUUCAGGUUAAAGAGGUAAAGCCAAUGUUCCCUUUUCUAUACUAAGCGCAAACAAAUUAGAAAAAGUAUGAGUCACCAGUAUUUUUUAAGCUACAGAUUUUGAAUGCGCUAUACUAAAACAAACUUUGUUUUAUAGAAAGAAAAACUGAACGAUAGAAUUUUAAGAUAAAUUAUGAGAAGACAUCUCUUAUAAUAAGCUUUCAGAAAAUAAAAAAAACGGGGUCACUGAACUCUGGUUUUUUGAUUCAGCCAUGCUGGAUCUAUGUGAUCACUCUGGUUUUGGAGAUGGUGCAAAAUUCAAUGUUGAAGACAUGUCAUGAAAAUAAUUAUGUGUUUCUAUGACUUGCAGAAACUUUAUACACCAUUUUAAUCAUCAACUGCCAACUUUUAAUAUGUUAUUUGUCUUUAAAUUAAGAAAAGGUUGGGCGAACAACUUCUUUAUUUUAGAUAAACACUUGUACUAGUAUAUAGUUCCUGUGUAAAUCAAAAUUGAUAUUAAAUUGCCAUUUAUUAAUUAAUGUCACAUGAAUGUGGAAAAUGUGAUUUAUCAAAUUUUAGCCGUUGAUAAGAAUAAUAAAAGUGUUUUAUCAGUAUCUUAUGUUCCUGUGAGCCAUUGAAUAAAAUUUGGUUCAAGAUGUGUAUUCAUAUCAGAGUUGAUUCCCACACUUUUUUAAAUGCUAUUAUUCCCAUUCUUGCAUUAGGCAAAUCAAAUUGUUGGUACAAUACCAGUAUGAUGGACAGCUGCCACGAUUUUCAAACAAUUACACUCAAAGGUGUAAGUAUUAUUUGGAUUAAACUCCACUCAAAUGCAGUCUUAAUUGACCACAGUUAUAUUAAUUUAUCAUGACAGUUGAUAAUCAUACAGGUAUUGAGGUCAAGAAUUUGUGUAUUCAAUUUAUCACACAUCUUACUGAAUACACCAAAUUUUGACCUCAAUAGUUGUAAAAUCAGUGUCAUAAUCUUCUGACAUAAGUUAAUAAUUAAGGUCUAUUUAAGUUACAAUUAUCUCUCUUACAUGUCUUACCUCAGCAUUUUCUGUCACAAAUUUAUUUGUAUAUUCCCCAUUAUAAUGCUAGUUAACAAUAAUUGGAAUAAAUUCAGCAUGAGGUAUUUGUAUAUUCCCCAUUAUAAUGCUAGUUAACAAUAAUUGGAAUAAAUUCAGCAUGAGGUAUUUGUAUAUUCCCCAUUAUAAUGCUUGUUAACAAUAAUUGGAAUAAAUUCAGCAUGAGGUAUUUGUAUAUUCCCCAUUAUAAUGCUAUUUAACAGUAAUUGGAAUAAAUUCAGCAUGAGGUAUUUGUAUAUUCCCCAUUAUAAUGCUAGUUAACAGUAAUUGGAAUAAAUUCAGCAUGAGGUAUUUGUAUAUUCCCCAUUAUAAUGCUAUUUAACAGUAAUUGGAAUAAAUUCAGCAUGAGGUAUUUGUAUAUUCCCCAUUAUAAUGCUAUUUAACAGUAAUUGGAAUAAAUUCAGCAUGAGGUAUUUGUAUAUUCCCCAUUAUAAUGCUAGUUAACAAUAAUUGGAAUAAAUUCAGCAUGAGGUAUUUGUAUAUUCCCCAUUAUAAUGCUAGUUAACAGUAAUUGGAAUAAAUUCAGCAUGAGGUAUUUGUAUAUUCCCCAUUAUAAUGCUAGUUAACAAUAAUUGGAAUAAAUUCAGCAUGAGGUAUUUGUAUAUUCCCCAUUAUAAUGCUAGUUAACAGUAAUUGGAAUAAAUUCAGCAUGAGGUAUUUGUAUAUUCCCCAUUAUAAUGCUAGUUAACAGUAAUUGGAAUAAAUUCAGCAUGAGGUAUUUGUAUAUUCCCCAUUAUAAUGCUAGUUAACAAUAAUUGGAAUAAAUUCAGCAUGAGGUAUUUGUAUAUUCCCCAUUAUAAUGCUAGUUAACAGUAAUUGGAAUAAAUUCAGCAUGAGGUAUUUGUAUAUUCCCCAUUAUAAUGCUAUUUAACAGUAAUUGGAAUAAAUUCAGCAUGAGGUAUUUGUAUAUUCCCCAUUAUAAUGCUAUUUAACAGUAAUUGGAAUAAAUUCAGCAUGAGGUAUUUGUAUAUUCCCCAUUAUAAUGCUAGUUAACAGUAAUUGGAAUAAAUUCAGCAUGAGGUAUUUGUACAUGUGUAUUUGAAUACAGGAAAUGUAUUUUUCCUUAAUGAAGAAUGAACACCUAUUUAGAUAAAAAUAUUAUUAUUUAUUUUUGUUGUUGCUGAGAAAGUGCAUUUUUAAUGGCUCUUUUUGGAAAUUAUUAAGCCAAUUAUUAUUAAUGGCAUAUAAAAAGUAUGCUACAGUCAUUUGAAGAUUUCCCUUAACAUUCUUGUCCAAAAUCAUUGAAUUUCAAAUGUUUCUAAAAAAAGAUGUAAAAAAAUCUGACAGUGUCUUGAAUUGAAAUACCAAAAUAAUUUGCAUUAAUCUUUUGGCAAUAGAAUGGAAAUUUUACAGUGAGAUUAUGGAAAUGAAGAUAAUAAAAUAAUUAUUGAAAGUGUGGUCAGAAAAAAAUGCCAGACUAGCUACAAAAUUGGCUGAAUCACAACAUCCAUGAUGCUUUGAUUUUUGUGUUUUUUUCUAUUAAACAAACUGGGUAAAUUUAAUUAACGUUUACAACAUAUUCCUUUUAUAAAAGUUAGAAUAAAUGAGUUCUUUCCCCUUAUAUGGCUAAGUUGAAUUAUUUUAUUGUAUUUCUUAAAGCAGUAUAAGAUUAAACACAUAUCUUUUUUUCAUUAAGAUGAAAAGACUUACAAAUGAACUACAUUUACAUUCCACUCUUAUUUGCACAAUUCAUUAAAUAUCUAUACCGAUUGUUAUCUACUAUUUUACAAUCCAAGAUGGCGGAAUACUCCCGAUCUACCUUAAAGCGAGUGAAUUUAAAUUGACCACCGUAGAUUUGGACUCCCACUUUAAAAACAUUGAAUGCUUGAUCAGGGCAGACAUGUUGCGUAAGAACAGGCCGCAUUGGUUUUCUCCCAAUACAAAGUAUCAAAUUAAAUAAAAAUUUGGAAUUUCACAAGUUUUUAAAGGACAAUACAUAGGUCAAUAUCUGAUAAGAAAAAAUUGAAUGUUUUCUUCUUUAUUUUAUAAAAAAUAAAAAUGUCCGAAUGAAUCAUACAUUUUCAGUGUUUAUGUAUAUUUAGACAUUUAUGAUUUUGUGACAUGCUCAGAAAUACAACAUGCGAGUUGUUAGAAUCUCAAGUUGCCCACAUCAGGCUGUGAUACUGUUAAAUUUAGUAAAAGACUUCUUUUGAAUUUGACCAGGUGAUGCAUAAAUUAAGGAGAAAUUGUCCAUAUCUCUUAAUCGGACUGAUUGGUUUUUGUUUGCUAAACGUCAAGUGGCAAAUAUAUCAUGCAUAUUCAGUACGAGAACAAAUUAACAAUGAUUUUAAAAGAUAUGAAAUUUAAAGGAGGUAGGAUAUAUCAAUUAAUUAAAUACAAUAAAAUCAAAAAGAAGAACGACAGAAAGACAACAAAACACUACACAAAAAACAAAUUCAAAUAAUAUGAAUAUAACCCCUACCAACAUGAUUUUUUUUAACAUGCAGAUUCCAAGGUAACGGCACGCAUAAAAACAAAUCCCCCUACCUGGACGCAUAUUUUGGUCAAGACGACCAGUCCGUGCUUUUACACCUGACUAGACAACUAAGAAUGAUUGCAUAUUAGGCUUGACUUUUAUCCGGGAAGGAUUCAAAACUUUCUUAUUUAGCGUAUCAAUUAUGAUUUUGCAAAUUGUCGGUCGCCUAUCAUUUUGAAUCCCAUGAUUAAAGUUAAUUGAACAGUGUUUGGUGAUACUGGCUAUUCCUAUAUUAUGACAGACCAACUUGUUCCUAACUCAGAUUGGCUUAUGUCUUCAGUACUUAUGCGCCUACAUAUCGAAUUUAGAUAGGAAUGGCAUUACAUUAUAACUUAUGGUAAAUUCACCAAAAUCUUUAAAUUAUAGAAUGUUUAAAGAAAAUUUUGAGUUUAAGAAUGGUCUUAAUAGAAACAGGUCGGUGGAAUGUUGAAGUAUAUGUUUCUAAUGCAAUAUUAACUGUUUUGGUGUUGAAAACCAUAUUCUAGAAUGAUAAACAUUUGCAAUAAAUAAGAAAAAGCUAACGGAUGAAAAUGUAUUGCAAAGACCAAAUAUUUUGAAAUGCAAAGAAAUUAUGAGUUGAACAGGAAAGUUUAAAUAAUUAAAAAAAUGGUAGAUUUAUAUGAUUAAUAAAUAAAUCAGUUGUUUUCAAGAACAUAACAACACUUCCCCUUCUGGUUUAUAUAGUACAUAUAUGUGAGUUUUGGUAUUUACAGAUAAUUCUUGUUUAUAUUGUACAUAUAUGUGAGCUAAUGUGUUUAAAGAUAAUUUUUGUAUGUAUUGUACAUAUAUGAGAUUUUUGGUGUUUACAUGUAAUUCUUGUUUAUAUUGUACAUAUAUUUGAGUUUUGGUGUUUACUUAUAAUUCUUGUAUAUAUUAUACAUGUAUGUGAGCUUUGGUGUUUACUUAUGAAUUCUUGUUUAUAUUGUACAAAUAUGUGAAAUUUGGUGUUUACUUAUAUAUUUUUGGAUAUAUUGUA